AUGGGGGUCACAGUAUUACAACAAUAUCCUGUGCCUGAGAAUAAAACAGGAACAUAUGUAAUAGAGCUUCUAACAAAAAGAAUAUUGGCAUUAGGAGCAACUCAACAAGGACAGUUUCUAGUGGACUGUGAGAGUUACCUAUCACAUCCACAAAUGGUUGCAGGGACAACAAAAACUGUGCACAUACUCCACAACUCAGAACAGCCUGCAUCUGUGUUUUCAAUACUAGAGAGUGGUACAAAGAAUAUCCAUGUUAUAGCUGAUGGUCUCUUUGACUUGCUUAUGAUGAAGCUCUCCCAACAUUAUACUUCUAAGAAACAAACUAAGAUAGAAAGUAAAGGACCUAGGUUUGAAUUGGGAGACUUCUGCGUUAAACUCGGUUCAGUUACUAUGAAUCAGAGUUUUAAGGGAGUUUUAAUUGAGGUGGAGUACAGGCCCUGUGUGAUGGCAAACACAGUUUGGGGCCUCUUACGAGAAUUUUUACAAGGUUUGCUUGGCCCCACGAUAGCAAUACAACCACCACAGUACCUUGUGAGCCGGAUGAACGAAAUAUACACACCAAUUGAUACUAUUUAUCAAUAUUUAGAACAUUUUAGUGCUUAUAGGAAGAUAACUGGCUUGAGGAUAUAUGGGGUCAGUUCAGUGGAGAUGGAUCUAGUAGAUUGUGGAAUAGAUGACGAAUUGGAUGUGUCUAUGGGUAAGGUUCCCAUUACGCAGUACCCUUGGGUUGGAGUACUCUUUUAUUCGUUCUUUGGAGAAAAAGGUGAAACGCGAGCUACCACAACCGUUAUCCUGAUUCAAGUAGAGUUUGUAAUAGCACCCGCAGCUGAUAUUGGACCGAUGCCUAAACGCGACUUUAGAGCGAACUCGAGAGUUCUCCUUGGCGAAGGUUGGAAUCGAGCGGGUCGUCGCGUGCGCAACUACGUCAUACAUCCGGAAUACGACCAAACCUUUAACACCAUCGCCUUGGUGCAGCUGAGGACUCCUGUCAGGCAAGAAAAUAUUAAACCAGUGUGUCCACCGCCUCAAAUUUUACGUAGUCCGGACCUUUUCGUCAUUAAGUUUAAAGAAGAUUUUGAUCAACUGCAGAAGGAAGUAGUCCCAGUGUCGCACAUUCCAGCCAACCUUUGCCGCGAGUUUUAUGUCAGAGCAAACUUGUACGCGAAGAAAUUGCGUCCACCGCACGUCGCGUGCGCAGUGUCGUUGCAGGAGAACGACGUGUGCGUUUGGGACGCGGGAGGGGCUCUCGUGGCUAGAGAUGUUUGGGGACGAUGGCAAUUGCUAGGUUUAAGCGUCCGCGGCCCAGGAUGCGGUGCCCCAUCCCGAUAUCUGGACAUCAUGACCUACCAACCGUGGAUUGAGAACAGUCUCUCCAAGUUCCGAAGAAUAACCAUAUCCAAGAUCUCAAAGCAAAAAUACAUAGUGAGAAGCGGAGAACAUAGCACCGCUUACCAAAGGUUCGGGAACUGUGAUGAAGAGGAAAAAAUUAACUUGGUCUACCGGGAGAUGAUCUCGUUGCGAACAGACAACAACCAGUACCAGUUCCUCACUUAUAAUAUGUCUAUAUACGAUAACGUGGAGUACACUUGUCUGACUCUGGAGUUGGUGAAUGCGUCCGCUGUUUCAGAGAUGCGGGUCAAGCAUUUCUGUCCCCGAUACUCCUAUGGGCCGCCGUGCUAUUCGUACAAAGGUUCCCUCUUUGAGAUAUCGGUGUUUAUAAUGUUUUCGGAUACUUGCCGAUUCGAGAUGUUCGCUUGGGGCUUCAAGAAGAACAUGACCCUGCUGGACGUCCAAGAGUGGAAGUGGGAAGAAGGCUCCUACUACGAUGAUUUCACCGUGAGUCCCAUCGAGUACAGGGGUCCCGCACACGAGACGCUCUUUGGCUUCGAGCCCCUGGAGUUAUCCAAGUGGGUGCCCGCAUAUGACGUCUGGUCCACCACGCCCGUCUCCAACAUCAGUACCACUACUAUACCGGCGAGGGAUAAGACUACCCCGAAAGAGGCUCCACGCUAUGGUGGUCGACCGAAGUUUACCACGCCCAAACCCAAGUACCCUUACAUCGAGCCUUCUACGCUUGCACCGGACGUUGACAGCUUUUUGUUAUUGGUUCAAACGGGAACUCCGCAUCGAAAUGUAGUGACCACCUCGCCUCCACCGGGAAAAGGUAAAAAGGAUAGAGGGAACUCGACUAAAAAACAAAGAAACAGAAGGAAUAAUUACCCUGGUACCAAAAUACUUCACACGUAG